AUGACCUCAAUCUCGUCUCGCCGUUUACGCAAAGAGCUCACUGAAAUACAGACAGAAGGAUGUCCCACAGGCAUCACACUGCUCAGCGCUGAUAACUUUGAGACGUGGUACUUCUCCAUAGAAAUUCUGGGCGAAAGUUUAUACCAGGGGGAGGUAUUCAAGCUCAUGUUUCGCUUUGACUCAAGCUACCCUAUCUCGGCGCCUGCAGUCCAGUUCGUCGUCAACCAGGAAUCAACAGCACCUGUGCAUCCGCAUGUAUACUCAAAUGGACAUAUUUGCGCCUCUAUCCUUGGAACUGAAUGGUCACCAGUUCUGAGUGUUUCUGCUGUGUGUGUAACCCUGCAAAGUAUGCUUGCAUCAUGCAAGUCAAAGGAACGGCCUGUAGACAAUGACAGGUACGUUCGGUACGCACCCGAUAAUCCAAAGAAGACUCGUUUCCACUACGACGGUAAGUGA